UAUCAUUAUAAAUUCGCGGAAAUGGAGAGUUUUACUGAAAACCCUACAAAAUCACAUGAUGAUUUAGAGAGUGUUGCCAAAAGAGUCUCAGAAUUCAGAGAAGAGGCUAAAGCCAAGUUUCUGCAGGCGUCCAAUAGCUUAAAAGUUGAUAAAAUUAAUUUAGAGAAGAAAGUCCUUGAACGGCUUAAAUAACAAGUGAAAGCAGAGGCUCGAAAAAGUUGACUACAAAUUAUUUGACAAGCUGAUAUCAGACAAACAUGAAGAAAUAGAAGCCCCUCAGACUAUAUUUCAAUCAGUUUGACAAAGAGAAUUAGACAAACUGGACUCAGAUAGUGAGAAUAUUAGUAAACUUAAGAAAGUUUAUGACAAAAAUGAGAAACUUCAGUUCAUUAGAAAAAAAUAAAUUAAAUGAACAGAUCGAGAAAAUUCGUGAGCUCAAGAAGCAAAGGUUUAUCACUCAAGUUUAUAAAUCCUUGCUUGACAAGAUGAAAGCUCAUUCUGAAUCCAAAGAAGAAUCUAGUAGAAAACUAAGUGAGUUUAGGGAGAAGUAUCUCAACAGUUUAAAUUCAAAUUUUGGUAUAUUUAAGGAUCUUGAGGAGCAAGAUUUUAUCCUUGAUGGCUCUUCAAAAGAAGCACAAGUGAGGCAAACUGCUAAUAGUGAGAUUCAGAGCAUACUAGAACAAAUGGAUGUGGCAACUUCUCUUAAUUACUCUGAAUCCCCUGAGUUUAAAAGUCCAUCUGAAGGUAUUAAUUAUUAUCUCCAAGUAUGGAAUUCUACCUACUAGCGGACUUAUUUAGAUUUUGAUAAUUAAAUAAUCACCCA